AUGGCUUCUGUGUUAAAAACAAUAGUUCUUAUUUCCUUUAAUGUAAUACUGGAGCAGAAUAAUUCUUCUCUGAUAACAAGAACCCAGAAGGGAAAAUACUGUUGUAGUUGUCCAGAAGAAUGGUUUACAUAUUCCAACAGUUGUUAUUACAUUGGAAAGGAAACAAAAACUUGGGAGAAGAGUAUGAUGGCCUGUGCGUCUAUGAACUCCAGUCUACUUUAUAUAGAUGAUGAAGAAGAAAUGAAGAUUUUGACGUCUCUUGUACGUGAAGCAUGGAUUGGAGUCUUCCGUAACAGCGGUGAUCAUCCAUGGGUGUCAAUAAAGGGCUCAGUGUUCAAACAUGAAUAA